GAGAGUUCGGGGUGUGUGUGACGCAGUCCUGCGCCCGGUAAAAGGGAUUUGACAGAUGCAGAUCUCGAGCUGCUCCUGUGUCUGAUUCCUUCAGUGGGACAGAGGCCAUGGCCGCCGCUCUCUGCGGACAGAAGACCGCCGGCAUAGCGACCGUGUGCAGCAGCAAAAAAACGCAUGGGAAUAAAGAAUACAACCGCAGGUACCGAGAGAACUCCCGCAGGAGACAAGCAGCUCUUUUGUUUCUUAACAACAUCUCACUGGACGGACGGCCGGUCCACCUCAGCUCAGCGGAGAGCGGCGGGAGAGACGCCGACUGUGAUGGAGCCAACUCCGGCAGCGCGGCAGCGGCGGGGGAUGCAGGCGCGGAGCCGAGGCUGAUCACCAGCUACGGGACGUUUUCCGGGUUAUCGGCGUCAGUAAGCUGCGGGAAUGUCAUUCCUGCCCCGGCAUCUAAGACAGGACUCGCCGUGCCUCCCAUCCUCGUCCUUCCAGCGGACGCGGGGUUCCGGGAUGCGGGCAGCGCGGAGCUGCUGCUGGGGUACCGGCGGGGCUCCUUCCCCUCCCCGGGCAGCAGCCACCUCCUCUCCCCGUCCCCGUCCAGCAGCAGCCUGCUGCCGUCGCCGCUCGGCCCGCGGAAGUCCUCCACGCUGCUGUCGGUGCAGAGCUGCAGCUCCGUGUCUUCAGAAGCGCGACACCGAACCCGCAAUCUCUCUGGUGGUUCCCCGAGACCUCGACAAACUAAGAAAAUCCAUUUCAUUAAAAAUAUGAAGCAAUACGACACUCGAGGAAGCAGGAUUGUGCUCAUUUGUGCAAAGAGGUCUCUGUGUGCUGCCUUCUCUGUUCUACCAUACGGCGAGAGCUUCUACCUCAGUGACCCCACGUUAAACCAACCAAGGAGAAGGCACUCCUCUGGAAACAUCUCCACCACCCUAGAGAUGCUGCCUGGGCUUGAGGGAUUCCACUUGGAUACAUACGGCAGGUCGGUGUCAUAUGCCCAGUUUCUGUACCCCACCAACGCUUUGGUGAGGCAAAGGCCGACAUCAACCAUUGACUUAAUGCUACAGAUUCCUGUGUCAAGGAGCACACACAGCAUGCCAGGCAGGGGCUGCCCCUCCAGCCGCCUGAACAGCACUGUGGGACUGGACCUCGGUGUGGAAGAUGUACCUGACUACAACCCAAAUCUCCUCAGCGACCCCCAGUGGCCUUGUGGAAAACACAAGCGGGUUCUGAUCUUCGCAUCCUACAUGACAACAGUUAUAGAAUAUGUCAAACCAUCUGAUCUGAAGAAAGACAUGAACGAAACUUUUAAAGAAAAGUUUCCCCACAUUAAGCUAACCCUCAGUAAGAUACGCAGCCUGAAGGGAGAAAUGAGAACCAUUGGGGAGGACUGCAGCCUCCAGCCUGUGACCAUUGCCAUGGCAUUCGUCUACUUUGAGAAGCUGGUGCUGCAGGGUCGACUCAAUAAACAGAACAGGAAGUUGGUGUCAGCAGCCUGUAUCCUAUUAGCUGCUAAGAUCAGCAGUGACCUAAAGAAGCAGGAGGUAACAAACCUCAUUGAUAAGCUGGAAGAACGUUUCAGGAUCAGCAGGAGAGAGCUAAUAACGUUUGAGUUCACCAUCCUGGUUGCCCUGGAGAUGGCGCUCUACCUCCCUGAGAGUCAAGUCAUGCCACAUUACAGACGGCUGGUGCAGCAGCAGCAGGUGUAGCAGCUGCUGGCUCAACGGCACAGGGGCACACUCUUCCUUCCCUCCUCCCUCCAGAGACUCAGCACCUCCUAACUGUGACACUGUGAGGCUCCUGAUGCCUGGCCCAGAGGCUGGCGGUCUCCAUCACACCAUCAGUAGCAGCACUGACCCAUCACAGCCCUGGAAAUCUAACUUGAAAACUGGUGCCCAUUUGAACAUUGAAACUGUGUUUUCGUCCUCUUUUGCCUUUAAAAGGGACAAAUACCUUUUGAGAUGUGAAAAAAAGUGGAUGGUAAUUAAUUAAUAGAGUUAGUUAACACAAGAAUUAGGUAAUAGAGGUUAUGCAUUGACGUCACUUUCCCACUGGACCAGCCCCCUUACUGCACUGAGUGGCAAAAAUGGCUGCAACUAGUGGAGAAGACGGGAUAACUGAUUAUCGGGUUAAAUUUAAGGCAGUUGGAUUUGACAGUGAUCCAUACAGUUACCCCAAGAACCACUGGUCAUGGACAUUAAUAUUUGGCCAUGAAUCCAGUUUCCUGAUAUUUACAUGUACUUAAUUUAUAUGCCGGGGAAAUACACAAAGCAAAGCUUGAAGGCUUACAAAAGUCUUGACGGUUGGUCCGACUUCAAGGCAGGAUUUGUUGUAGAAAUUAAAGUGAUGAGGACACCGAACUUUAUGAUUUGACCGUUUAAAGUUAGCUACCCAAAAAUCCAACAUUACCUGAUACAAAAUGGGAACCACAAAUCCACGUUUCGGUGUCUGGAAUCCAGUUGUUUCUGUGAAUUGCAGCGAUCCAUUUGUCUCUCUUAAGCUUAUUUUUUGGCAGUCUGUAAAAACGAUAACUCUGAUUUCUUGUUAAAUCUAUGAGUACAGUUGAUCCCACAACAGCUCUUUCCCAUUUUAGAUGUUUUCCAGUUGCUCAAACUGAAAGUUUACGCUGCCACUCAGUCUUUCUGCCACUCAGUCUUUCCGUCACUCAGUCUUUCUGACACUCAGUCUUUCUGACACUCAGUCUUUCUGACACUCAGUCUUUCUGACACUCAGUGGGCGUAACCCGCUGUGAAGUCGUAUCUGUGACGUCAUGCACAUUCCCUCUAUUGAUGUGUUCUUGCAGCACUUAGGGUUAACAGUCAGGUCACUACUUUCAUUGUGCCAACAAUCACUUAGCAAUCAUGAAUCAGAAGCAUUUGACAAUCAUUUUUGAAGUUUCCCUGAUUCAGUUUGACCUUUGAAGACAUCAGCCAGGCUUCACUGCCCUGCCAGGCUCCUGUAGAGGACUUUUGAUGUUCAAGUGCCUUUUGACAAAGGAUGUCAAAAAUGUGAUCGCUCAUGCAACGCAGAGCUGUUACUUUGGUCUUCCCAUAAUGGAAUUGAAACAAGCAACUUUAUUUUCAAAAAGGAACCCCAACUAAUAAAGCUUGCAAGCCUGAACAUGUUGUAUUGCUAUCAAAAUACUUUGGAACAUUAGUGUUUUGAACUACAGUACCCAUCAUCGCUUCACAUGCAUGUUACAGUUUCUUGUCAAAAAGCAACAUGUUUUCCAACAAGUCUUCAAAGUUUUUUCAAAUAACAGAAGGAGCAAAGACAACAAGAUUCUCCACCAUUUUCCCGAAUCAUCUUCACUGAUCUGGGACCUUUGUCAGCUCAUGAUAACAAGAAAAAAGUUUGCGGUUAGUGACAGAAGACUAACAAAAGAUUAGGAAUUGAAUUGAAUAAUCCUUUAUCUAUAAAGGAGGGUAAAUUAUAUUGUUGCAGCAUUAAGUAUUGGGAAUAAAUGGCUCAGUUCAUAUAUAAUUUAACAAACUGUUGAACACAGGAAGUAUAGCAGUUGUGACUGUAAUAAAAAUAAAUCACCACUGAAGCAAUGGCAUAUUGCAUUUGCAGCAAUCAAGUUUCCUAUGAGAUAAUAUGGAUAUACAGUAAACUCACAGCCAACAAGGUUCAGAGAUGCUUCUUGAUAUCAAAUGUCUGCAGAUAAUCCCAGUGUUGGAUAUAAUAGUCCAUACAAGUCAUAUUGGUUCCUCAGGCCUGUUGUCAUGUUGUUGUCCCCCCACCGGUCUUCACAAAAAUACUCUGACACAAAAAAUAACUGUAGAGAAAACAUCUAGUAUCUGGUAUCUGGAUGUUCUUCUCCAUGUAGUGUAGUUUUUUCAUACAACAUCAGCAGUGUUCUACAAGUCUGUCCAGGUGUGCAGUUCAACACUGAGGUUUGGGUUAUUCUGGAAGUUCCCUCACACGUCUGAGAGAUGCUGCCCUCCAGCUAUGCAGCUGAGGGACUUUAAAGGACAACCCUUUUACUGUAGACACUUUUACUGUUCGUGUCUCUCAGACACCCAAACGGAAACACAAAGCGUGUUCAAUUUAAAGUCGAUUGCAAAGAAAGGCUUCGUGUUUGACAGGAAGAAGUCACUGUGGCUCCAAACUUCCUCGUUCCUUCCUGCAACCACAAACAUUUUUGUUAAUGAACUGCAAUAUAAAAGCAAUAACUUAUUAUUAUCAUUGUAACAUAAAGAGAUGACUAUUAACAAAGCUGGGGUUUCUAAUAUGAUGUUUGUAGCUAUGUUUGUCUUCAUUGUUCAAUAGCACACUGAAACACAAGAAGCUUUAAGAGCUGUUAAUGUUUACUUUUGUUAGCAGGCCACACUGGACAAAAUCGACCAGCACAAGCAUUUCCUGCAGAACCUUGGUUGUUUUUGCACAUUGCCUUUUAUUUUCUCACCAAUCUUUAUAUUAUCACAAAGAAACGAGGGUCAUAUUUUUCUACAAACCAAACAUAUUCGUUUAUUUUAAUAUUAUAUGAAAAAAAAUUGACAUUUCAUUGAAAUGUAUUUAUUGCUAAUACUGAAGUAGAGGUGAAAAUAACUCCAGAUGACUUUUGAAUACAAAUCCUGACUGAUGUGCAUCUUCACUAAUCAUGGUACUUCAUCUGCACGUCAGCUUUGGAGCAGGAGUGUGUUCACAUCACACAUAAAAAGGGUGACAUUGGAUCAGAGUUCUGAAACAUGAUCCAAACCUGUCAGGUUCAGUUUGAGUUAUUGUUACAUAUGCUUGAAUAACCACAAAGAAAUAAAGUCCAGAAAACUUAAAACUACUUUUUAUUUGGUAUUGGUGCACUAGUCCCUGACAUUAGUGUGUGUUUUCCCAUAUCCACGUCAUAUGUCACAUGACUGGCUGCUCACCUACAGGAUUAAGCCUGAUUCAUGGUUCUGCGUUAAACCAACGCAGAUCCUACGCCGUUGCCGUGACACCGUUGUGAACCCUUCAGACUUCUCCGUCACUCCAUUUCGCGUGGUGCAAUACCCCCCCAGAGCGCUAGGGGGUUGCGUUCUUUUCCGGAGAAAAGACAAGGCGAUUCAUGCUCGAAAACCCUCCAAUGUGACUGAAUUACAACAAUUUUAUUGUUAUCGUCGUCUCUAGUUGAUUCUUUAUUUAGCUUCCGGUUUUUCCGGUCACAGUGAACAAUGGCGACCGAGAGAGAACCGGAACCGGAAAUGCGUUGCUACCAAGCAAAUCAAUCCCAGCCCUCUCGGUCUGCGUUGGGUCGUAGUUCAAUUUUUUGGGAGGUUCACGUCAGGCUACGGAGAAACUCCUGCGUAGUCGCAUACCCUACGGUGUAGGUUUAACGCAGAACCAGAAUUCAGGCUUUACACGUCAUGUGACUCUCGCACGUAAGAGUAAAGACUGUUGUUGAUAGCAUAAACAGCUCAUGAUCUUCCAGUCAUUUUUUCUCUACAUUAGAGAUGUCUCAUAUUUAUUAUUUGCAGCUUUUAUUCUGUCAGCUGAUCUUCAUCGUCCUCUGUUUCUAUAAUCAUGUGCCACAGCAUUUAUUAUUAAGCAUCAGUCUUAUUUAAACUUCACGUUAACUUUCAUUGGUUUGUAUCCAUUAUUAUGUUUCUCUUCUGAGGACAGAAAAACUGUAAAGGGAAAUAUUUUUCAAAGUGUUUGUCUUCCUUUUAUACUUAUACUGAGUUUGAUUUUAAUUAAUGUUCUUUUUGAGUUGAGUUUUCAUUUCAUGUUUUACUUGAUUUUUUUUUCCUGACAACAUUGAAGAACCGUGUAGGUUUUUGGCAGCAUUGCAGUUGAAGCAUCACAUGUUGUGAAAUAUUAGUUUUUGUUUAGCGUUCAACUGUUGCAACUAUUUUUUAACAAAGUCACUCAAUAUUUAGGGAAAAACAGACUAAAGAUAUUUUGCAUCAGAUGAACCUGCAACAGCUGCAGUAUGUUACACUGCAGGGCAGUUUGGUGUUCACUGAAAUACUGGAGGAAAUGAAAUAAUAUAUUUGAAGACCUUAUACUGUUAAAUACCAAUGUUAAGCAUCAAGUAUAUUUUCAUUAAAAU